AUGCCCCUCCUGGGGGCGGCCCCUCGGCGGGCUCAUAGUUGGGCUCGGCCACAGCCGGCAGAGCUGGUUUCGGCUGUCCCUGUACCGCUGCACUACCUCAGUAGCGGCCUGCUUCCCUCCCGCCUUCCCUCUCGGCGGGCGCGGGGCUGCGGCAUGGAGGGGGCCGGGGUGCCGCCGCCCGGGGCCCCGGCGGCCGCUGCGCCCGGGGAUGAGACGCCGCCCGGGGCCGCCGCCGGCUCUCCGCUCCGGUUGCUGGCGCGGGUCGGGGCCAAGCUCUGCACCUGGUAUAUUUUGAAAACAAUAAUUCUGGGCCAAGUGCUCUCCUUGUUUAUCUGUGGGACUGCUGUUACAAGCCAGUAUCUAGCAGAGGAAUACCAAGUGAAUACCCCAAUGUUUCAAAGUUUUAUCAACUAUUCUUUGCUGCUUCUAGUUUAUACAACAAUGCUGGCCUUUAGGACUGGCAAUGACAGUCUUUGGCAAAUUUUGAAACAGAGGUGGUGGAAGUAUAUUUUUUUGGGGCUAGCUGAUGUUGAAGCCAAUUACAUGAUUGUAAAAGCCUACCAAUACACCACUCUCACAAGUGUGCAGCUGCUGGACUGUUUUGGGAUUCCUGUGCUGAUGGCUUUGUCAUGGUUCAUUCUCCGUGCACGAUACAGGCUGAUCCAUUUUCUUGCUGUUGCUGUCUGUCUGCUGGGUGUUGGAACAAUGGUGGGUGCAGACAUUUUGGCAGGGAGGCAGGAGAGUGAAGGUAGUGACGUGGUGAUUGGAGAUGUCUUAGUGCUUCUUGGUGCUUCUUUGUAUGCCAUUUCUAAUGUGAGUGAGGAAUACAUUGUGAAAAAUCUGAGCAGAGUGGAGUUUCUAGGAAUGGUGGGCUUGUUUGGGACUAUUAUCAGCGGUCUACAGCUAGCCAUUGUGGAACAUAGGGAGAUAAUGAGAAUUCAAUGGAACUGGAAAAUUGCAUUGCUGUUCACAGCCUUUGCCCUGUGUAUGUUUGGGUUGUAUAGCUUCAUGCCAGUAGUGAUUAAAGUUACCAGUGCAACCUCGGUCAACCUGGGGAUUCUGACUGCAGAUCUCUACAGUCUGUUCUUUGGGCUUUUCCUCUUUUUCUAUAAGUUUUCAGGUCUUUAUAUCCUGUCCUUCGUUAUCAUCAUGGUGGGCUUUGUCUUGUAUUGCUCCACUCCAACUCGGACAGCAGAACCCAGCACCUUGCCUCAGCCUGGCAGCACUGGCUUGGACAAUGCUGCCCUAAAGCUCGAUGAGAACGACAGUGAAACCCCGGCUGUAACUGCACAGUUCACAAGAGGAGAAACUGUGGUGGUCAGCACUGAUUAAAGAAAUGGAAACAGAAUAGAGCUUUU